AUGGCGUCGCUCUCGGAAGACCCGCUGCUGGACUUACAGGCGGAGUAUCCGUGGGGAGUUCGCUCCCAUGUUUCCCUAGUUGUAACUAAAUCUGAGGUAAUCUGGACACGGUGGUGGAUCUCUUCCAGACGUACGUACUGGUACCAGUGUCCUGAAAGAAAUGCGAUGUCGCACCAGGAUUUGUUAGCAAACGAAGAGUUACAGAGUGAAAUCACUACAGUGUUUGGGCUGGAUGUUCUGAACGAGGUAAAGAAUCUGUGCAAAGGUCCAUUUAAUUACCUGGAGAUUCUGCCCGACCAUCUGCUACUCCAAAUUCUGGGCUUUCUGGAGCUGGAGGAUGUGAAACAGCUCCGAUGUUGCUCGCGACGAUUCUGGGAGCUGGUGCCUGUCCGAGCACAAACCAGAUGA